UAAAUAACGACAGAUAAUUUAAGCCUAGAGUUUUUAUUCUAUGUGUUUUACUGUUUUAUUUUUUAAUGAAGCUUGUGGAACUGCACGUGUUUUUUGUACCUGAAGAUCAGUUUGAUCGGAGGCUGAAUAAGGUAUCAGCUGCAGCUGUGGACUCGUUCAUCUCAGCUGGAUUUAUCAGAGUUGAUUCAGAAGCGAGCCUGUCGGAUCUCAGAUCUGAACUUGGAUCAAUCCUAGGGCUUGACAGGAUUGCUGAGAAAUACAUUUUUUUGAAAUGUGUUGGCAGAAGUUUUGCAUUGGUCAAAUUGAGGCAAGAGAGGGAACUGACAGUAAAAUCAUUUACUCCUCCUUUUGCUCCUUUUCCUGAGAUCUACCUUUUGCCUGUGCUAGAGAACGACAGCGAUCUUUGUUCUAGCACUUUCAGCCCUGAGACUUUAGUUAGCAGCACCGACCAUCACAGUCAUAAUUUGCUCAGACCAACAUGUGCACCUGCCAAUAUAAAAGAGCCCAUUAAAUUCCCUUCGAUUAAUAUAGGCCCUCGGCAGUCUGUCCUGAUGCAGGAGGCAGAGGAGGAGGAGAGUGAUGAAGAUGCAGAAUACACUGACACUCCUCUUCCAACAUACAGUGCACAUGAGCAGAUGGAGUCCAUAAACAAACAGCAUGACAGACAACUUGCCAAGCAGGAAGGCUUUUCUCAAGUAGAAAUGAAUGCAACUGCAAAAAAGAAACGCUAUUUUAAAAGGAAUGCAAAAAACACGGGAGCCUCACAGGCAUUGGAGCCAUUUGACGAUACUCAUGGCCUGACAAGGAAAUUAAAUAGUUCUCUGACACUGAAAUCAAGCGAAGGAAAAACAGAAAAUGUGGUUCUCAUGAGUCGACCAAACUCUCCAAUACCAGCAGAGAGCAAUUCUCCACUGUCCGCCUAUUCCUUGGAAUUUUUUACACCACAAACAACUACAAGUAAUAGCAAUGAGUAUCAAAAGGAAAUUAAGCUACUCAAAGAGCAAAAGAAAGAGCUUGAAAAAACAAGACAAAUGCUUUUGAAAAAGGGCAGAGUGCUUUUAGCUCUUAACAGACAUCGUAGGAACCAAGCACGUGACAGGUGGAAGAGGCAAUAUUUUGACACUAAGAAAUCCACAACUAGUCUAGAGGACAAGCUUAAAGGAAUACAGCAGGAACUUCACACGUUCUACAGUAAAAUGCUGCAACAACUCCAAGCCAGAGAUGGUGCCAAACACCGAACCCAAACAAGGAAGCCGUCAAGCUCAAGGUUAAAGAAUGAGUUAAUAAUCCAGAUUAUGACGGAAAGCAGUGAAAUUGAUAACCUGAGGAAAAAUGUGGACGACGCUAAAAUGAAACUGGCCACAGAGAUCAAGUUGAGGAAGCAAGCAGCCACAGAACUACGAGCCUUGAGAGCAGAACUGAUGGAAAAAAAGGCUCAGUUGUAAAGAAAGCAGGUUGAAAACAGGUCUACACUGUCUGACAAAAGUCUUGUCGUCGAUCCCAGUUGUAAGAGCAACAAUUAAUAACUUGACUUUUAGUUGAUCAUUUUGAAAAGUGGCAGAAGGUAGAUUUUACCAAUGAAUCAUCUGUUGAA